CAAUGUUAUCAUUGUUGACAAAUUCCAUUCUAUUGUUAUUCUAGGUUAUUGUUUUUAUCACAACUGAGAUUUUAAUUAAUUAAUUUAAUUUUUAAUUAGGCCUAGUUUUGGUCUGGGGCAAUAUUUUUAACUCAUAUGUUACUGACCUGUUUGUUCUCAUGUAGCAAACUAUCAUUUUAGCCUAUAUCAAGCACACGCACCCUGUUAUUUAUUAGUGCAGAUAGGAAAAUUCAAUGUCUCUUUUCAAAUCAAGAGAGCUGUGGUCCACGUUGUGUGGAAAAGAUGAACAUUAUGACAACGGCUGCAUGGUCGUAACAGACAUUUUAUCACAGGGGUUUGAUUGUAUAAUUGUUGGCAGUCAUAGUGGAUUUUUAAGGAUAUUUCAACCGCAGCCAGACACAGAAAUUGAUCCUCAAGGAUACCGAGCUACAGAUUUGCUUUUAGAAAUGCAGUUGCCAAGUCCCAUUUUGCAGGUUGACUUUGGAAAACUUGUUUCAGGGUCCCAAAGUUUUCAAAUUGGUGUUCUUCAUCCUCUUAGUGUGGCUGUUUACAGUCUUGUGUCAAUUUCUGGCUCUGCGAAACAUGGUGACCAAUACCACUUAGUUUUGGCCUACGAGCAUCAGUUGUCCAAAUCUGCCUUUGCCUUUGUUGUUGGAAAUUUUGGUGGUGUGAAAGGAAGAGACUUUAUUUGUGUUCAGUCAUUAGAUGGAGUUUUAACAUUUUUAGAACAAGAAACAUUUUCUGUUUCUCGAAACCUCCCAUGUUUUUUGCUGCCUUCACCUUUUGUAUACAUCUCUUCUUCAGAUUCAUUCAUCAUUCCCAACGCUAACUGGAUGCUAGAGUCUUACAGGUAUGAAGUUUUAGCAGAUACAAAUCGCAAACUAUUACCUUGGUGGAGUUUAAACAUUGGGGAGCCGAUUGUGGACAUGCGGGUCAUAACAGUACAAAGCUCCAAAGCCUCAAUAAUUGUUUUAGGAGAGAGAAAUUUAUUCUUUGUUAAAGAAGGUGGUAGCCUGGAGCUGGUGAAACGGCUGCAAUUCACCCCUUGUUGCGUACAUCCAUACAUCACAGAACCCGGCCUCAACGUUAUGGUGCUAGUUGUGGCAGAUACAGCGACUCUACUGGUUUACAACUCAGUUUCAUUAUGUUGGUCGUCCCAGCUGCCUUUUACUCCAGUUUCCAUCAGUAGAAUUAAUCUGAAGUGUGCACAAGGCCUGGUAGCCCUGUUGGCUGAGGAGGGUCAGCUUGUUUGCUGCUACCUUGGCACAGAACCAGCCGUGUUUAUAGCGCCUCCUCUCACCAACAAGACAGUCACAUACGACGAGUUGCAGCACAGGCUCUACACCUUGCAACAGGAAAUUGAUUCUACAUCACAGACGGCACUACAGGUCAGUGAGGGACAUGAACUGAAGGUGACCACUCGCACGUUGGGCAUGUCUGACCCAACUGAGUGUCAGCUCGUGGUGGUGCUCAAUCCGUCUGCAGCGCUCAGCAACGCUCAAGUCUCUAUCACAGUUACUUCACCACUCAUUGCACAACCUGCCACUCACCACCUUCCCAGCAUCUGCUCAGAAGUAGAAAUUGUGAGCCUAGUUUCAUUCUCAUCCUCACAUCCUGUUCCUCUUCUAUCUGUUGAUGCACACAUCGUUAUUGUCUAUCAGGGUGCCGGGGGUAAGCCUCACAUACUGCAGAAGACAGCAGUGUUGCCAACUAUUAUGGUAAUGCAGGCUGUCUCACCUGGGAAGGAAGGAGACCACAAGAUCAUUCUGUCCCUCUCACAACCAGCAGUGCCUCUCAAUUUGCUGUUUGUCGAGCUGGCUGCCAGUGAGGGAUGGGAGGAUGCAGGUUGUACAGACAGUGUGGCAGGUUUGUCUCACACCUUGGCGCCCCACUGAGUUGUUACAGUGGUGUUGGGGAGAUCAACCCCACAAGAUAAUAUCAGUUGUCUGUUUGUUACAAAACUCUGUUAUGUGUCUAGAGCUGGC